CACACCUUGGCCCGUGGCGGUGGCGGCGGUGGCAGCGGCAGGCUGGGAAACUUUGCCCCUUUGUGCGCUCCGCCCCGGAGGCGGCGGGCAGGCAGCGUAGCCUUCUCCAUCAUCCUGACCCAGGGAGGGAGAAGUGUCAGGAGGAAACUCCUCACCCUAUUCUGCCCUACCACACACCCAGUGGCUCACCUCAUGCCUGAGCCCCGGGUGGGUGAGGGUGAAGAACCCACCCAGCCAAGAUGAAAUCUUCCCUGGGGGCCGCUGCUGUCACUGUCUUGCCCCAGAUCCUGGGGCCCUGCAGGUGGGAGACUGGUCCUGGAAGGAGCCCUGUGAGCCGGCUGCAGAGGAGGUGAAGAGGGUUAAGAAGAGGCACCCAUCCCAGAGGCGGAAGCUCCUUGCCUUCACCCUUGUAGACUUGUUUAGGAGAGAAGGACCUGUUUGCAGGCAGCAAGAGACUGGACAGUAGUUUAACCUGGCACCUAUGCCCCCUUCCCUGGCAACAGCAGCAACAUCAUGAGCCAGUUUCAGGUGCCCUUGGCGGUCCAACCGGACCUGCCAGGAAUUUAUGAUUUCCCGCAGGGCCAGGUGAUGGUAGGGGGCUUCCAGGGGCCUGGGCUUCCUAUGGCUGGGAGCGAGACCCAACUGCGAGGGGGUGGAGAUGGGCGAAAGAAAAGGAAACGGUGUGGGACCUGCGAUCCCUGCCGACGGCUGGAAAACUGUGGGUCGUGUACCAGCUGCACUAAUCGUCGCACACACCAGAUCUGCAAACUCCGCAAGUGUGAGGUGCUGAAGAAAAAAGCAGGGCUUCUUAAGGAGGUGGAAAUAAAUGCUCGUGAAGGAACGGGGCCCUGGGCACAAGGGGCGACUGUCAAGACAGGCUCAGAGCUCAGCCCAGUUGAUGGACCUGUUCCAGGUCAGAUGGACUCAGGGCCAGUGUACCAUGGAGAUUCAAGGCAGCUAAGCACCUCAGGGGCACCGGUCAAUGGUGCUAGAGAGCCUGCCGGACCCAGUCUUCUGGGAGCUUCGGGUCCUUGGCGGGUAGACCAGAAGCCCGACUGGGACGCUGCCUCAGGCCCUACUCACACUGCUCGCCUGGAAGAUGCCCACGAUCUGGUGGCCUUUUCGGCCGUGGCCGAAGCUGUGUCCUCUUAUGGGGCCCUUAGCACCCGGCUCUACGAAACCUUCAACCGUGAGAUGAGUCGUGAGGCUGGGAGCAACGGCAGGGGCACCCGGCCUGAGAGCUGCUCUGAGGGCAGUGAAGACCUGGACACGUUACAGACAGCCCUGGCCCUUGCAAGGCAUGGCAUGAAACCACCCAACUGCAAUUGCGAUGGCCCAGAGUGCCCCGACUACCUCGAGUGGCUGGAGGGGAAGAUCAAGUCUGUGGCCAUGGAGGGAGCGCAGGGGCGGCCCAGGCUCCCAGGCACUCUGCCUCCUAGUGAGGCUGGCCUCCCAGCCCCAAGCACCAGACCACUCCUUAGCUCUGAGGUCCCCCAGGUACCUCCCCUGGAGGGCCUGCCUCUGUCCCAGAGCGCCCUGAGCAUUGCCAAGGAAAAAAACAUCAGCCUGCAGACAGCCAUCGCCAUCGAGGCCCUCACACAGCUCUCCUCGGCCCUCCCUCAGCCUUCUCAUUCCACCUCCCAGGCCUCUUGUCCACUCCCUGAGGCCUUGUCCCCUUCUGCCCCUUUCAGAUCUCCCCAGUCCUACCUCCGGGCCCCCUCAUGGCCUGUGGUUCCCCCAGAGGAACAUCCAUCCUUUGCUCCUGACAGCCCAGCCUUCCCUCCAGCGACUCCAAGAACUGAGUUUUCUGAAGCAUGGGGCACUGACACCCCUCCAGCGACACCCCGGAACUCCUGGCCUGUACCUCGCCCAAGCCCUGACCCUAUGGCUGAACUGGAACAGCUGUUGGGCAGCGCCAGUGAUUACAUCCAGUCAGUAUUCAAGCGACCUGAGGCCCUGCCCACCAAGCCCAAGGUCAAGGCUGAGGUCCCCCCUCCCUCCCCUGCUCCAGCACCACUUCCUAUUUCCCAGAGGGAGGCUCCCCUGCCCUCUUCAGAGCCUGACACCCACCAGAAGGCCCAGACAGCGCUUCAGCAACACCUUCAUCAUAAGCGCAACCUAUUCUUGGAACAGGCCCAUGAUGCCUCCUUCCCUAUAUCCACAGAGCCUCAGGCUCCUGGUUGGUGGGCCCCACCAGGCUCACCCGCCCCACGGCCUCCUGACAAACCACCCAAGGAAAAGAAAAAGAAGCCCCCUACCCCAGCUGGAGGUCCUGUGGGAGCAGAGAAAACCACCCCUGGGAUCAAGACUAGUGUCCGAAAGCCCAUUCAGAUCAAGAAGUCCAGGUCCAGAGACAUGCAGCCCCUCUUCCUGCCUCUCAGGCAGAUUAUUCUGGAAGAGCUCAAACCCCAAGCCUCAGAAGGACAAACGCCUCCGCCUGCCCAGCUCCCCGUCCCACCUCCUGCCUCCCAGAGCUGUGCCACCCCUCUACCCCCAGAACCUUCUCUUGCGCUAUUUGCACCUAGUCCCUCCGGGGACAGCCUGCUGCCCCCUACUCAGGAAAUGAGAUCCCCCAGCCCCAUGGUAGCCCUGCAGUCAGGCUCCACUGGUGGCCCCCUGCCCCCUGCCGAUGACAAGCUGGAAGAACUCAUCCGGCAAUUUGAGGCUGAAUUUGGGGAUAGCUUUGGGCUUCCCGGCCCUCCUUCGGUGCCCACUCAAGACCCUGAAAGCCAGUCAACAUGUCUCCCAGCUCCGGAGAGCCCUUUUGCUACCCGCUCCCCCAAGAAGAUCAAGAUCGAGUCUUCAGGGGCUGUGACUGUGCUCUCAACCACCUGCUUCCAUUCAGAAGAGGGAGGACAGGAAGCCACACCCACCAAGGCUGAGAAUCCACUCACACCCACCCUCAGUGGCUUCUUGGAGUCACCUCUUAAGUACCUAGACACACCUACUAAGAGUCUGCUGGACACACCUUCCAAGAAGGCCCAGGCUGAGUUCCCCACCUGCGAUUGUGUUGAACAAAUAGUGGAGAAAGAUGAAGGUCCAUAUUACACUCACCUGGGAUCUGGCCCCACAGUAGCCUCUAUCCGGGAACUCAUGGAGGAUCGGUAUGGAGAGAAGGGGAAAGCUAUCCGGAUCGAGAAGGUCAUCUACACAGGCAAGGAGGGGAAGAGCUCUCGAGGCUGUCCCAUUGCCAAGUGGGUGAUCCGAAGACACACACUGGAGGAGAAGCUGCUGUGCCUGGUGCGGCAUCGGGCAGGCCACCAUUGUCAGAACGCCGUGAUUGUUAUCUUGAUCCUGGCCUGGGAGGGCAUCCCUCGAAGCCUUGGAGACACCCUCUACCAGGAGCUCACUGAUACCCUCCGGAAGUAUGGGAACCCUACCAGCCGGAGAUGCGGCCUCAAUGAUGACCGGACCUGUGCUUGCCAAGGCAGAGACCCUAACACCUGCGGUGCCUCCUUCUCCUUUGGCUGUUCCUGGAGCAUGUACUUCAAUGGCUGCAAGUAUGCCCGGAGCAAGACACCACGGAAGUUCCGCCUCACAGGAGACAAUCCGAAGGAGGAGGAAGUGCUCCGGAAUAGCUUUCAGGACCUGGCCACGGAAGUUGCUCCCCUAUACAAGCAGCUUGCACCCCAGGCCUAUCAGAACCAGGUGACCAAUGAGGAUGUGGCGAUCGACUGCCGCCUGGGGCUGAAGGAAGGGAGGCCCUUUUCAGGGGUCACAGCCUGCAUGGACUUCUGUGCCCACGCCCACAAGGACCAACAUAACCUCUACAAUGGGUGCACUGUGGUUUGCACCCUGACCAAGGAAGACAAUCGCUGCGUGGGCCAGAUCCCCGAGGAUGAGCAGCUACAUGUGCUGCCCCUGUACAAGAUGGCCAGCACGGACGAGUUCGGCAGUGAGGAGAACCAGAACGCGAAGGUCAGCAGUGGGGCCAUCCAGGUGCUCACAGCAUUCCCUAGAGAGGUCCGGCGGCUGCCUGAGCCUGCCAAGUCCUGCCGCCAACGGCAGCUGGAAGCCAGGAAGGCGGCAGCCGAGAAGAAGAAGCUGCAGAAGGAGAAGCUGAGCACGCCAGAGAAGAUCAAGCAGGAGGCCCUAGAGUUGGCUGGUGUCACCACUGACCCAGGCCUGUCUCUGAAGGGUGGAUUGUCCCAGCAAAGCCUGAAGCCCUCCCUCAAGGUGGAGCCUCAGAACCACUUUAGCUCCUUCAAGUACAGCGGUAACGCGGUGGUGGAGAGCUACUCGGUGCUGGGCAGCUGCAGGCCCUCCGACCCCUACAGCAUGAGCAGUGUGUACUCCUAUCACUCGCGCUAUGCACAGCCUGGCCUAGCCUCCGUCAACGGCUUCCACUCCAAGUACACACUUCCCUCCUUCGGCUACUAUGGCUUUCCAUCUAGCAGCCCUGUCUUCCCCUCCCAGUUCCUGGGUCCCAGUGCCUGGGGACACGGGGGCAGUGGAGGCAGUUUUGAGAAGAAGCCAGACCUCCAUGCUCUACACAACAGCCUGAACCCGGCCUACGGUGGUGCUGAGUUUGCCGAGCUGCCAGGCCAGGCUGUUUCCACAGACAACCACCACCCCAUCUCUCACCACCAGCAGCCUGCUUACCCAGGCCCCAAGGAAUAUCUGCUACCCAAGGUCUCCCAGCUCCACCCAGCAUCCAGGGACCACUCUCCCUUUGCUCAGAGCUCCAGUUGCUACAACAGAUCCAUCAAGCAAGAGCCAGUAGACCCUCUGACCCAGGCUGAGUCCGUACCCAGAGACUCUGGUAAGAUGAGUAGAACACCCUUGCCCGAAGCAUCUCAGAAUGGGGGACCCAGUCAUCUAUGGGGACAGUACUCAGGAGGCCCAAGCAUGUCCCCAAAGAGGACUAACAGUGUAGGUGGCAACUGGGGAGUGUUUCCUUCGGGGGAAAGCCCCACGGUUGUUCCCGACAAGCUCAAUUCUUUUGGGGCCAGCUGUCUCACCCCUUCACACUUCCCAGAUAGCCAGUGGGGCCUGUUCACUGGUGAAGGUCAGCAGUCAGCCCCCCAUCCUGGAGGACGGCUUCGAGGCAAGCCAUGGAGCCCCUGCAAGUUUGGGAACGGCACCUCGGCCUUGACUGGUCCCAGCCUGACUGAGAAGCCAUGGGGGAUGGGAACAGGGGAUUUCAACUCCUCCCUGAAGAGUGGUCCUGGGUUCCAAGACAAGUUGUGGAAUCCUGUGAAAGUGGAGGAGGGCAGGAUUCCCACGCCAGGGGCCAACCAGCUAGACAAAGCCUGGCAGGCCUUUGGCAUGCCCUUGAGCUCCAACGAGAAGCUAUUUGGGGCCCUGAAGUCAGAGGAGAAGCUAUGGGAUCCCUUCAGCCUGGAGGAGGGGACAGCCGAGGAGCCCCCCAGCAAGGGGGUGGUGAAGGAAGAGAAGAAUGGACCUGCAGUGGAAGAGGACGAGGAGGAGCUGUGGUCGGACAGUGAACACAACUUCCUGGAUGAAAACAUCGGCGGUGUGGCUGUGGCCCCCGCCCAUUGCUCUAUCCUCAUCGAGUGUGCCCGGCGAGAGCUACAUGCCACCACACCACUCAAAAAACCCAACCGUUGCCACCCCACCCGCAUCUCGCUGGUCUUCUACCAGCACAAGAACCUCAACCAGCCCAACCACGGGCUGGCGCUUUGGGAGGCCAAGAUGAAGCAGCUGGCGGAACGGGCGAGGCAGCGUCAAGAGGAGGCCGCACGCCUGGGACUGGGCCAGCAGGAGGCCAAGCUCUAUGGGAAGAAGAGAAAAUGGGGGGGUGCUAUGGUGGCUGAGCCCCAGCACAAAGAAAAGAAGGGGGCUAUCCCUACCCGGCAGGCGCUGGCCAUGCCCACAGACUCGGCAGUCACCGUGUCCUCUUACGCCUACACAAAGGUCACUGGCCCCUACAGCCGCUGGAUCUAGGUGCCAGGAGCCAGCGUACCUCAGCGUCGGGCCCGGCCCGAGCUGCUCUGUGGUGCUUUUGCCCUCAUGCCCGGGGGCGGGUUGGGGGUGCAGAAGUCUCUCUAUAUCUACAUAUAUGGAUAUGCUUAUCAUAUAUAUGUAUUUAUGGUCCAAACCUCAGAACUGACCCGCCCUCCCUCCUCUACUUCCUCGACUUCCCCAGCACUUUGAAGAAACUACGGCUGUCGGGUGAUUUUUUUUUUUUUUGAUCUUAAUAUUUAUAUCUCCACGUUGUUUUAAUUUUUUCCCCUUGUUUUGAGGGGCUUUUAUUUUCCUUUUGUUUUUAAAAUUUUAUCCUUGUAUAUCACAAUAAUGGAAAGAAAGUUUAUAGUGUCCUUUCACAAAGGAGCGUAGUUUUAAAUUCCAUUUAAAAUAUGUAUUUAUUGGAUUUUUUAAAAAGUGACAAUAGUAAUGGGUUACAGGUGGGCAGGAAAGGCCAGCAGAACUUCGUGCCUGGCGAACCCAGCCUCCUGGGAGCUGCAGGUUCUCCCAGCCAUCUGCCCCCACCAGCCAAGGUUAGCAUGUAGCCCUGGUCUAUCCCUCCUUCCCAUGGGCUAGGGAGCCUUUGGGAGCACCCCAUUCUCCUCUGUGGAAUGGGGAAGCUGCAGACAUCUGGGGGCCAGGCCUGGAGAUGCUGGUGUUAGAUCUCCCCAGAAACCAGGUUGGAAGUAGACAGCUUCAAGCUUGCUAGUCUCCACACUGAAUCCUCUCUGUCCGUUAUUUAUCAAGUCAUACGAUGUCCUGGUUCGCUAGGCAGCACCUCACGCUGGAGCAGGAGUCGAGAGGCUCUCUCGUCCCGUUGAUAAAGCUGGUGAGUACUGGGCGGAAGGAAGCUUAGUGGCAGUUUUCUAAAAAAUCGCCCCAAAGUUUGUCAAUACUGAAAAAGGGCUACUGUAUCUUUAGAAACAAGAAGUUGAACCCAAGCUGUGAAGAGCCAGUGUGCUGUGUGGUGCUCUGCAGGUGCUCUGCGGUGCUGUGUGGUGCUGGAGCCUGGUGCUGUAGUACUGUGCUGGGACUUUUCUGACUCUCAGGGCAGGUGGCAUCCUGCCAGAGCUCAGCAAGCCAGUGUGAUGGCAGGUCACGCGUCAUACUUAUUCCUGGAUCUUCACAUGGGACAAUGGUGCAGUCCUCCCAGCCCUCACAGGGCAUGGUCUACACUUCACUUAAAGUGCAAGGGUCAGGCGUUUUUCAACAGGUUGCUAUACUUUUCCUCCUUCGAGGGGGCCAGUUCUCCAUUGGAUCUUUUCUCUCCUCCCUCUCCCUUCUCCACCUCCCCUGUAACAUGCCCAUUCUAAAAUCCUGGUGCAUUCAUUCAGCUCUUUGAAAAUGAGAACGUUGGUGCUUUAAUUUCUGUGACAUCGAAAGGUUGGGCCUGACAGGUGGAGGCGGUGUUGUCUGCAGCAGGUCAGUCCUCACGGAGUGUUUGUUUUCAGAUGCCGUUAGCCAUGUUGUCAGGCUGCUCGUGUGUGUGGACGUGUGUAGUGAGUGGGGGGCUUCAUCAGGGCACACACAGUGGCAGCCGAGCCCUGAGACGGCAGUUAUCACGUGGUUCCAGCCAGGUUUGGUCUUCAUAAACUGAGCGUAGUGAUCCCACGACAAUGCUGAAGGCAGGUCCGGGUCCCCAAGCUUCGCGGUGCCUUGUGCCAGAGCUGAGAGCCGAGCGGCCAGGUGUUGACGAGAGCCCUUCGGAAGCGCUGGCGGAGAGUGGCUAAAAGGUGUCCUGAGCAUUUUUGUGGUCUGGUUUUAACUGUAAAUAGUGAAAGAUUUUUUUUAAGCACUUUUGCCUAGAUUUAAACAGCAACUUGAAAAGAAUAAAAAGUACAUUUUAACAUGAAAUUGUGGGAGAAACUGUAAAUAGUAGCUGAAUAUUUAAUGUGCUUUGUCAAUCCACCUUUACCGUAUUCUGUAAAGUUGCAAUUAUUUUACAGGACAAAAAAAAAUGAAAUUAUUAUUGCUUUUGAAAUAAAUACCCAAGAGCUUAUCAGGACUUAGAAUUAUUCAGAAUUCAGAUUUAUAGGAAAGCCUCUGACCCUCUGUUUGACAAGCUCACGAGUCAGAGUCUUUAGGCGCAUGCUAAUUUUCUAGUUUUGAAGGAGUGUGGGUCCUUUAAAUGCUAUUUUGCUUAAUCGAAUCAGUACUUUUACGCUGGUCUCAUCUGACUCCGUGCUUAGGUAGAUGCGGGGGUGCCUUGAAAAACUUCAUUUUAAAUAAUCUUAAAUAUGAUAUUUUACAAAGCAUUUGGAGAAUGUGACCGUGUAUACGGCCCAUGGAAGCCCCAGGUUACCUGUUGGCUUGCAAGGUCCUGAGCGUGGCCCAGGUGACUGUUGCUGGCAGUGUGUGGAUCUCUCUGACGCGUGUUCAGUAUGCUCAACCCUCCUCACCCUUUGGUAGCAAAGCCAUUAGCUGAAUGGAGAAACCAGUACAAGCUAAAAAAGCAUGUGGUGUCCAUCCCCCAGCCUGUACGGCCUUUGUUCAUAUGCUCUGGGCCAGGAAACAGGCUGCCGUGAGGUGAGACAAGAGGCCUUCCACAUUGGCCUUUCAGGUCCUAGCGAGCGCUGUUUCAGGGCUCAGUGCUGUGGCUGUGCGUGAGCCCGUGCUGAUUUUCACACACUACAUGUAUAACCUACCUCAAAUCUGUCAUUGAAAUGAGCAUGCUUUAGACGUGUAUUUAAGACGUAACUAUGCACAGUUCUUUAUCCCCGUCCCUUGCUGCUGAAGGCUUCUUAGAGAGAAAAAUCAAAAUUUUUAUUUUUACUGGCACUAUCAUUUUUUAAGUCCUGAAGAUGAUUGACAAAACAUUUUUAUCAUGAGAAGGAAAAAAAAAAAAAUAAA